UCGAACGCAAUCUCGGAGAAUUCUAUGUAAAAUGGAGAAUAUUUGGUUCUUGUUUGAUAACUGUGUGGUUUGAUAGUGCAAAGUUGUAAUAAGAUCAAAUAAAUUUAAAUUAUUUAAUUAGAUUGUGAUCCAUGUAAAUAAACUUCGUAUUAAUUUAUUUAAAGAUUGUAUAUUUUGACUUAAAAUUAUUAGUUCGAUUCCAUUAGGCAUUGGUUAUAUCUCUACCACUUCUACUAUGCCAUUAUUAUUGUCUUCUACACAGGUUCCAUAAGAUUCAUAAUUUUGUUCGGUUUUUCUUAAAAUCAAUAAAUUUCACUUUGCAUCAUAUUAUCACUAAUGAAUCCAACCCGAUCAACCAAUGUUCGGCGAUAUGAGGAAUCAAGAUCUGCUCGUAAUGAAGACCAUGAUGUUCAUUCAAUUUUACGUUCAAGGACCGAAGAAGAAAAACAAAGACGUAGACGUGAAUGGCAACGUCAACAAGAACGAGAAAGGCAACAUGAAAAAUUAAAACAAGAAAAGAUUAAAGAGUAUGAGUUGAAACGUGCAAAAGCUUUAGGAUAUGCUGAACAUAAAUUUUCACAUCGUAGUCGAAGCAAAAGUGGUAGUAAAUCUCCUCCACACUACCAGCAUAGAGGAAGAUCUGCAACAAUUACUUCCAAACCUAGUACACUGUUUGAAAAAUUAGAUGGGUCUACAAGUGGGUCACUACCUUUGUUUAAAGGUCCUGAGGGUAUACAGAUUAGUACUACGGAACUACGUCGAAUUAAAGUUGAUAUUCACAGGAAUAUUCCUACAAAAGGACCUAUUGUUACUGAACUACAACGAAGUAUACUUAAUGCCGAAGAUGUAGUCCUCAAGAGAAGAGAUGGAGAAGGAACUAAACCAAUAUUCGACCGAGAAGAAAUAAAAAAAGCUGUAACCAAAACUAAUGAAGUAGAGGAGCGUCGUACGGUUGUAGCUGUAGAUGGGGAGCAGUCAGUUUUGAGUAAGCCGCAGACUUCUAAAAAACGUUCGUCAAGUCCUACUUAUAGUCCCGGAUAUCUAUCUUCCCAUCAAUCCAGAUAUCGUACGGAUUUAAAACGUCAAGAUAACAGGACAGAAUUCCGUGAUCAUCAUCAAAAUAACGGAAGAAGUAGCAUAGAGAAGCGCAGAGAAUAUAAAGAGAAAUAUGCAGAAAGAGAUGCACAUAAAUACAACACUAAUCGAUCACGUUCUAGAGAACGAGAUUCAGGCAAAUCACAUUCCAGAUCAAUGAUGGAAGAAAGAUCUUAUCGUGACAGAUAUCGUGACAGAUCAAGCGAACAUUCUCGUGAAAGAAGAGACCGAGAUAGAGAUAGAGAUAAAGAUAGAGAUAGAGAUAGAUCGAAAGAACGAAGAGAUGUAACACCGCAUUAUAUCGAACCUCCAAUACACGUGCCUAUCUAUUAUAAUCUGCCUCCGAGACCAAUUGUAGUAGGCCCUAUGGUUCCAUUUAGAGGACAGGUUCCUCCUAUGGGAAGAGGUCGACAUGUAAUGGCACCAGUUAGACCAUUUCCUCCACGAUUUAUUCCUCCGGAUUUGUACAGAUUAGGACCUCCACCCCCAAAUCCACGAUAUGGACCAUUUUAAGACAAUAAAAUAAUCUUUAUGUUCAUAUUAUAACUAUAACUAGUUAAUUAAUAUGGAAUUGGUGAAAAGAAAUUAUUCUAAUCAAUCUUACUAAUUUCAAGAUUGUAAGAUUGGGCAAACAAGAAACAAAAACAUUAAAUCUUAACAAGUUAAGCUCUAAUCAGAUAGGAUAUUUUAUCAAGUUUGUAUAAGAUUAGAAAAUAUCAUUUUGAAUAUGAAUUACUAAUAAUUUUUCGAAAAUUAACAUUUUCGUAGAGGAAAUCUGUAUCAUAAAAAUAAACAAGUUAUUGAUGUUACUGU